GUUCGGGAGUAUUAUGGUCUGUCGGGAAUUCAGAGUGUGGCUGCUGGGACUGGAGAAAAAUAUCUGCUCUGCUAACGUUAGCGUCCGCCGAGCUAACGGUAGGUAGCACUGGAGUAAACAUGGAGCUGUCUGCCGUCGGGGAGAGGGUGUUCGCUGCCGAGUCUAUCAUCAAACGAAGGAUAAGGAAGGGUCGGAUUGAAUACCUUGUGAAAUGGAAGGGCUGGUCUCCCAAAUACAGCACUUGGGAACCCGAGGAGAAUAUUUUGGACUCCCGCCUGUUUGCCGCUUUUGAGCAGAGGGAGCGAGAAAGGGAGCUCUACGGGCCAAAAAAGAGAGGACCAAAACCCAAGACGUUUCUGCUCAAGGCUCAGGCUAAAGUUAAAGCCAAGUCCUAUGAGUUUAGGAGUGAGGCAGUCCGAGGGAUGCACAUCACCUACCCAACCCCAGAGCCGGUUGUCACCUCCAGGGCCAGAGAGGGCCUGAGAGCUGUUGUUCCCACCAUCUUCCCACCAAGUACUGUAAACCGUGGAGAAAGUGUACGUGUCCGACUGCCUGAACUGAACACCCGUGAGCACCACCAGCCUUCCCUUCAGCAAAGCAGCCCAGACGGACUCAUUCACAUACCCAAAAAAAGAGGCCCGAAGCCUAAGCCCCGCUUCAAGGACAGCAGCUGCAGCCCUGCGGUCUCUGAGCCCCACAAGAGGAAAGUGGAAGAGCAGUUGAGCCACAGCCACAAACUGGCUAAGUUCCAGGGGGGUGAAGAGAUGAGGCUGGUCAAAAUGGCCCACAGACAUCCAGAGAAUCACGGUCAUAAACACCACCAUCACCACCACCACCAUCAUCACCACGCACACAUCAGGGGACUCUCCGGUGGAACCUCCUACAAGCAGCUCUACUCAGACCGCAGCCUGCAUCCACACAGAACAGACAUGGACAUGCACAGGACUAAGGACAGCUCCAGCUACUUGGCACCUCCGCACUUCAAGCACCAGUCCAAAAUGAGCCAGAGCCUGAGCCGCCCCGCUGAGCUUCCACAGAUGGAAAGGCCUUACUUCUUGGAUAGGCCGUCCCCGACCAGGGUCGUCGAUGACGACUUGGGUGAAGUGACGUGGAGGCCCUCUCUUGGCAACGUGGAAAAGGUCCUGGUUACAGAUGUGACCAGCAACUUCCUGACCGUCACUAUCAAGGAGAGCAACACUUCAAAAGGGUUCUUCAAAGACAAAAGAUGAUUUCUUGACUGAUUUCUUCAUGCCACGCUUUGUUUUCUCUGACUUGCACCAGAAUCACUCUGAAGUUUAUACGACAUAGUGUGUUCAAUAAGCAGUUUUGUAUGUACUGUAUAAAAGCAAAAUACAUAAUGUGCAUACGUGUAUAUAUUAAGUUGGACAUCUGUUUAAUAUGUCAACCAAAUUAAAUGAAGUCCAUUUCACAGCUUGCACUGGUUAAACAUGAACGAGUUUCAUGUUUCCUUUGCAGCAGCUGGCUACCUUCUGUACAGAGCCUGUGAAUAUUACUAUUUUGCAACUGUAACUAACGAGAAUGUAUUUUCUUGCUAGCAAAUUGUGUGAAGUGAGGCCAGGCCUAGAUUUAAUAUUCAGCCUGUGGCUGGAAUAUUUAGCUUUAAUUGGAACCAAUUAGACUGAAUAUACCCUUUUCAAUUCAAUAGGGUUAAUAUUUAAAAAUGUACUCAAGCACUUUGAAUCCAAAAGUAUUAAGAAAUCAGUUUGUGUUGUGGUCAAAAACAGAGUCUGUCUCGGAGUUCAUAAUGUUCUAACAUUUCUAAUGAGACAUAAAUAAAUUACACAGAUGAGUUUUCCCAAUGUGUAUAACAUUUUCCAUUAACAUAGGCUAUAUUUUACAUUUUCAUAGAAAUUUUUCAUGAAGCUUUAAUGUAUUAAUAUAAUUACAGAGUUGGUGUCAAAUUGCUUUUUAGACGCUUUUCAAUAAACCCUUGGACUCUUCUCA